GGCUAACUGCGCUAAUGGCAGCUACAGUUGGCAGCAGCUAGUGGUUAUUUUGGUGGCAUAAUGGGAAUUUGUAAGGUGGCCAGUUCUUACACAUUGCACCUUUAAUCUUCAGGCCCACAAAUGAAAUGUGGUAUUUGUGGCAUGAGAGUCAUGCGGAGGGAGUUCUGACAGUGGUUCGGCCCGCAGCAGCAGCAGGUGGUGUAAACAAGUCCAGGUGGCGGCAGCAGCAUGGCGGUGCACAGACAGACAGAGACACAGACAGACAGACAGACAGACAGGCAGAAAAACAGACAGACAGUGGUCAUGUCCUGUCCCAUGUGCCUUGCUGGGGGGAGUUUGCUCCCCGGCAGCAGCAGCAGCAGCAGCUCAGAGCAGCUAUUUUGAAAGUGACCCUCAUUCAGGCAGCGACCGUGCAGCUGUCAGGAACCAUGACUGAAGAUGACGGAUUCUGUUGUCGUGGAGGGAUAUGCCAGACUCCGAGAUGGAAAAAAGUGGAAAACUAGGUGGCUCGUCCUCCGCAAGCCGUCCCCAGUAGCAGACUGCCUGGUGCUGCUGGUUUUCAAAGACAAGUCAGACAAAGCUCAGGGCGGCAAGGAGAGGGCCAGUGUCACCUUGGAGGAGAUCUGUGGUCUGGAGGUAGGACAGUGGUAUGAAGGCGUGGCGUUCACUCUGGCCAUCCUCUGCCUGAACCAGGCCGCCCUCCUGGGCUUCGACAGCAAGGACACCCUGCAGGCGUGGGACGCCCGCCUGCGGUACAGCCUUGGAGAAGUUCACAGAUUCAGUGUCGGAGUCUUACCGGGGACCAAGUUAGAGAGCGGACCUGCAACUCUUCACUUGUGCAACAGCUUGCUGGCUCUGGCCCGGGACGUCCCUCCAGUUAUCAUCGGCCACUGGAACCUUCCGGACCUGCGCAGAUAUGGACCUGUGCCCCACGGGUUUGUGUUCGAGGGAGGAACAAGAUGUGGUUACUGGGCCGGUGUUUUUCUGCUGGCUUCUGCCGAGAGCGAGCAGAUCAGCUUUCUGUUCGACUGCGUCGUCAGAGGCAUCUCCCCCACCAGAGGCCCUUUUGGACUGCGGCCAGUGUUGCCAGACCCAAGCGCCAGUCAGACGAGCUCGGAGGAGAGGCUGAACCACGAGGCCCAGGAGCUGGAGAAACGACUGAGCAUGCUGUCCCACCGGAGCAGCACAGCCUCCUCCUCGUACUGCCCGUCUGCCGGGGGAGACGACCGCAGCAUAUCUGGUUCCUCCGACACGUCCGACACCAGCCAGUCAGACUGCAGCAUCAGCAGCCGGCUGGCCAUUUGGAGCGAACAGGCCUCCAACCCACCUGAACACAUCGUCCACGCAGGCGCCAAAGUGGCGUUACAGAGCAUGGAGAAGCUUUCCGUCAACCAGGGAGGCGGGACGCGACCAGCCGCCAAGCCCCCCCGGCAGCUCCAGGAGAUCGGGCGCCAGAGCUCGUCUGACAGCGGCAUCGCCACCGGCAGCCAUUCCUCUUACUCUGGAAGCUUCUCCUCCUACACCGGCAGCCUGGACAUCACCCCCGGGGAGGACUUUGGCUCUGUUUUCAGCUUGCCUCCCCACUUGGCUCAAGACCUGAGCCCUUGUACUUGCCCCACGGCACCUGGACAUGAGUACCAGGUACCCACAUCACUUAGGUACGUCUACGACAGCCCCAGGAAUCUGCUACAGGAGGGGAGUGGGGCUGCCAGUGACAAUGAACCCUCCACCCCAACUAAGGACUCUCCGGCUUCUUCAGGCCUCACUACAGACUCAAAGGGGGACAAGAGCUGCACCGUGAGCUGUGAGGGUCACUCAGACACUCCCAACAGACAGUCAGGGGGUGAGAACCUACAGGGCCCCUCAGAGGACGGUAAGAAGACCAAGAUGGUGCCCUCUAGUGAACACCCAGACUCCUGUCACAUCUGCAGCUCCGUGUCCAAAACCAUUGUGACCAUCUGCUCGGUGUGCGGCGGAUUUAAGGGGACACCGUACAUCCCUGCAGGUGGCUCAGUGAUACCUGCCAUACCAGAACAUCACAUUUUCAAUCCAGCAGAUCAAAGUGUCGACAAACCACCACGCACACCCAGCGCCAGUGAGUAUUAUACUGCAGUGAAGGAAAUUCUGGAGAAAUCCUGUUCCUCCGCUGGCCGUGUGAGGACGAGUGAGGAUUCACCGCUGCCAAAGAAAGGAAGAGAGAAGCUGGCUGGUCUGUUAGCUGAGCUGCUGGGCUUUCCAAGUGCAGACAGGCAGCCGGAGGCAAAGACUGACAGACUGAACCUGUACGAGUCAAUGAGGCCCAGAGUUGGAAGCGAGCUACAAUCUGCACCAACCUGUGCACCACCGACACAAGCUCCACAGCAACACAGAGGAGCUGUCAUCUAUGAGAACUGCUUCAAGUGUCAGGCGGAGCACUGCCGCCCGCCGCCACGGGUCGCCCCUCCCCUAAUGUACCGCAGCAGGAACCUUUCCACCUUAAGAACCCUUCCAACCGCGCCGCCCUUGGCGAGAAGCCGAGAACACCAAGCUGCUGCUAAUGAGGAGCUGCUCCAUCAAGCUCACAGUGAUGGAUCACAGCGUGUGGACGGCCAGUGUCAGCGCGAGGAGACGAAUGGUCGGACGGCGCCCGGCGAAGACAAAAGGCUCCAUAGUAAAGAGGAAAGACGCAGAGCUGAUCCCGCUUAUGAGAUCAUGGAGAGUCGGACGGCGGAGAGGAGCUCGGAGCAGGGAGAAGAAAAAAGCAAGUACGAGCUGAUGGGCAGCUGUGGUCAGCAGAGGUUCCUGCAGGAGGCUGAGGGGGCAGUGUUAGUUUUCCCCCCAGAGGCAGCGCUUCUCGACAGGCCUCGCGGCGAAGGUGUGACGUAUGUGAAUAUCCCUGUUAGUCCCACAUCCAAGAAGCAGCUCAACUACAUGGAGCUGGAGCUGCAGGAGCCGGGUCCUGGCACCCGAGGGCCCGUCGCACAUCUCCCACCUCCAAGAAAGAGCUCCACUAAGUACGCCCAGAUUGACAUCACGGCCACAGAGACGGCUCACAAAGUGGGCACCCAGCAUGCACUGGGUCGGCAGGAGGGCCUGCACACUUUGGAGCUGAGAAGAAAGGGGACGCCACAUUGACUUCAUCACUGAACUGUUGAUCUCAGCAGGAAGACCAGCGUUCGUCGUCACACUGUAAAGUUUGCUCCAAAGAUGGCUCUGAGGGGUUGUUUCAAAAAGAUUCUCUGAGGUUUUCUGUGGGAUUCCUUCCCUCAUCUCUUCCAUCUUUUGAAUACAGAUUUUUAAAAUUAUUUUUAAAGUCGCUCCAUACGGUUUUUUGCCAAGUGUCCAUUUCCUCUCCGAUUCAGACUCACCUCUGUCAUCUCACAUCAGCUUAAAGAUGGAGCCUCCUCAGAACAGUUUGGCGCAGGAACAGGACGAGCAUUUCAGUCCCGCUCUCAUUUGUGGACUUCGCCAUCUCAUUAAUUGGCAUUAUGUCAGUGCCGGAGCCAAAGGCGGAUGCGGAGGAAGAUGUGCCAGUCCUGAGCUGAGUCACUGGUCCCUGUGAACCCCCCGGGGGCAGAGGCAUUUCACAGCUCACUCGGGUCGUCCCUGAUGACAUGCAAUGUGCUGUUUUUGUCCUUGUUUGGGUGACGGAGGCAGCGGAGACGUCGAGUCUCACAAGGAGUUCACACUCAAUUAUUCCUCUGUGACCACCACAUCAGUAAUUCCACACGUAGCUGCACGAAACUCACUUUUUGGUUUAUUCACAUUUGGGGAAACUUUCCAUCCAGUCUUACUCAGAAUGCUGCAUAUUUAAAAUGAAGACACGAUUCGUGUUUGUUUAAGUAACAACAGGAUAGAUACUUCCACGUGAUUUAGUUUAGAUGAUCAAUCAGAUGUUUUAUCAAAAGCAACAGAAUCUCAUGGCUGCAGCUGUUUUCGUGCAUCAACAGGGUGCACUGUGGAAAAGUCUUCAUGAAUCACUGGAUUAUCCUCCUCAUCCAGCAGGAACAGAUGUAUCCCAGAGUUGAUGUGGCAGUCAUUUGUUUUUUCAAAAUUAAGUAUUUCAAGUUUUUGUAUGAGCUCACUGACUUGACAAAAAACCACAACAAUGGAAACAAAUCAUUUCAUAAACGUUUCUUUGAGCUGUUUUAGUUAAUAUUCAGUAUAAUGUUUGUCUCAUACUCUAUUUUGAUAUCUGUAAAUACAUUUUCUUUCUAUUGAGGUGAUGUGGGUUGUCAUUAAAUAUACAUGUGAGGGCAUAAUUUAUGUACAGUAAAGAUAUUAUUAAAGGAGUUCGUGGACGGUGCCUUUUUUUCCAGAGGCGCUGUUUUUCUCUUGUAAAUUAUUGAUGACUGUUUGAUGUGUGUGUUCAGUUGUUUUUAGAGCUAACCCUGACCCCCCAAUGUACAGUUGUAAACCAGUUGGUACGAUAUUAUAUAAAGCAUCCCUACAACUGA